GCUACCAUCGCCUGGCGUGCUGCAGUUAACUCCCGCCCAGCAAUCAAAUCCGGGAUGUCAGCCCCAAAAGACGUUAUUGAAGCGUUCGCAUCCGGCAGAGUGGAGAAAGCGAGUGAUAUCUGGGACACAUUCAGGCCGAAAGUGUUCAAGCCUGUAGACAAGGCUGAUACGGUACAAAUGAUGUUUGUAACGAUGGCUGUCAACAGGAACGCCCUGACCAACUUGACCUUCGCCGACGCAUCGGCAGUGUCGGCCAUGCUGAUCAUGGGCCUUUCGUCUGGCCUCAUGGCCAAGGAGCAGUUCAAAGUCGAUAGUUCGCCAAUCUUGCCGGACCACUGUGAUAAAAUUGUCGAACAAUGGAUGCUCUACCUGCUCGAAAGCUCUACAGUAGAGUACAACGAAGAGGAGAAGAAGAAGAUGAAAGAGUACAUGGCCUCUGUACUAGAAGAUGGCAUCGAGCAGCAGACCAUUUGUUGCUUCGUCUUUGGCGGCUGGACAGAUCAGUGGAAGCGCUGCGAGGUCCUGCUGAACAGUUAUCACAUAGAGAUAUUUCAGCAGUCCGUUGCCAAUGAUCUGGUCGAGCUGCAGCAGUGCACCGACCUCUUGCCCGAGGCCACAUGGAUGGGCUCACGAGGAAAUGACGAAGUCCGCGAAAUGUCCGCCGGAGUCCGCGACUGUCCGCGGCUCCUGGGGAGGUUCAGCUGGGACGCGUCUCGCCCCUCUUGUGUUGCUCUGGAACGUUUGCCGUCUGCGAUGGCUGAUCCUGCUGCCGAAGAAGAGGUCAAGAAACGGCCAAAGACUCCGAAGAAGAAGCAGCCCAAAGACAGCUAUGGCACGCCGACAUUGGAUCCACCAUGGCAAUCAACGACAUCUCCAGCAUUGCCUGCGGCACCAAUGGAGCCUCAGGGUCCCACAGCAGAACGGACGUUGCUUCAGGAGCUUGUUCAUGCCUUAGAACACUCAGACACCACAGUCUCAGACGAAGUUCAGACGGUGAUCGACAAGACCAAGAAGGCACCAGAGCCGCCGCCCCCCUCAGCCUCAGCCAAGAGUGUGAGACAGGAGAGCAACUUUCUCAAUGAAUGGCGGGCGAGCAUCCAUGGUCUUGAUUUGGCUUUUGAAGUCUCGCAGAUGCGUGGGUUUGGCUUUGCUGAGACUCCUCUUCCAAGUUGUCCUGCGGUCAAGAAUGCAGGAAACCUUUGUGUACGUUUUGAUGACACAGUCGAGCUCUAUGUGGGCCAUGAGCAAGAUUGGCAUCUACAAUUUUGGCAGCACAACAUUGGAGUUCCCAUUUUACAUGCAGAUAUCUUCCAGCCCCUGACGUCUCCAUUGAGCGAUGAAAUUUCCUUCAUGGCGACCCCAGGGCAUCAUCGUCUGCAAGAUUUUGGACCUCAUGAACAUGUACCUCCCAACAUCAUGCAGAACCCGGACAUUGGAAUUGAUCCUGCAGAAGCGCCAGCAGGUGAAGACAAUCUUCCGGCUUUAUCUGAUGAUGAGAUGAGUGUGUUGAACCUCUCUUGGGACACAGACAUGGAGACAUCAGCCCUGGCUCGACAUUUCAAAUUGACUAUGCUUGUUGCGGUUUGGUUUGUAGAUCACCACAAUGGACGCCUGCACUGCCCAGAGUAUCGCUCGGUGCAACUUGGUGAUGACUACACCCAAUGGGAAUUGCAACUUGCUCGACCAUGGCAAGAACUCCGCAUUGACUCAUUGGAACUCGAAUUCCAUUUGGUGCUGCCACAUCCAGAGGUCACCAAUCCAGAAAUUGAAGCACACAUCAUACUUGUCCAAGCGCCACACCAGCAACUUGUCACAAAUUUGCUCACGGUCUUUGAGGAACAUGCAGAGCGACAGCAAGUACGCUUGCAAAACGCAGUGGCUCACACCCACGGGCCACGGGAAUAUGAAGCUGACGUACAGGCUGAUAUUGAUGCGCCAUCAGCUGUGACAAUUUUGGAUCUGCAACACACAGGUGAACAAUCUCAUGAUGCCCAAAUCAAGAAGCACUACAUUGAUGAGGAGGCCUGGAACACUCGCAAGAUCAAACUGAAACAUCGAGCCACAUUGAAGGCAUUGAGAACGCGUAUUGCAUGUGACAUCCUUCGCAGAUGCUUUGGUGCCUGGAACAUGCGUUGCAAAAGCAUGCCUGGAACAGGGUCAGAUGUGGAUCGUUCGCGUGAAGAAGCACAUGACUUCCUGCUUCCACCACUGAAGGGAGAAGGACCGCAACUUCCACCGGCGCAUCCGAGAGAAGAGAUUUGCAUUGAUGAUGCUUUACAUCUCCAUCUCGUUGAGGCAGUAGAUGCGAGAAUGACGUUUUCGCAACUCGAGGCCUCAUUAGGUGAGUAUGUUGCGACCCAUCCUAUUUCAUGGUCCAUGUGGAGGGCAACAUUGCGCUUCUUUGUGGACAUGUUUGAAGAGGAGGAUGCAGACUUCUUUCAGUAUGACAUUGCGGAGUUUAAAGCGUUCUUUGAGCAGUUUCUGCGCACAACAGCAUGGCCAUUCCUUCAAUAUCAGAGGCGACAUGAUGAAGUUCAACAACAGAGAACGAUUGCGGCCUGCCAUGACCAAUGUAGUUGGUUUUUGGAGCACACUGGUUCGCGUGCACCUCGUGUGAUCCGCGAUUGCGAACACCUCUGGGGUUACGAGAGCGUUGGGCUCACUGAGCUCCAACAGCUCCUUGUUGGAAAUACACUGUUGGGGUUUUCUAUGGAAGCCAUGACCGAGAUCGCGGGUGUCGAGGGCAUGGGCAUCCUCGAACAUCCAGCUGAGCCAGAUGACCUUCCGUCCGCAGCCUCCAUUUGGAGACUUCCGCUGAUGCAAUGGAUGCUGGGCCUACCAGGUGCGACGAGGUUGCGAUUCUCCCAGGGCCUCAUGGGCGCACCAUCACCCAAACCAACGGAUCUCCUCCUGAUCAACAUGGAUCAUUUGCUGCUGCACUUGCAUCGCUGCCGUGUCAG